GAUUUUUCUCUCUAUUUAUGUAUUUAAUUCGAUGUAUUCACUUAAAAAAAAGAAGAACGUAUCGUUUGUUCGUGGUUGUGAAGCUUGAAUUCUCUUUGAGAUCGUAAAUCCAAAUGAGUUAGACACCCAUAAAAAUUCUGGUAGCACUGGAUAGUUGUUUCGUUCUAGCAUGGUGCUCCUCAGUAAUGCAUAUCCACGUCUCUAUCACCGAGGACUUUCGGUCUCACACAUAAGUGCUUAACCUCUAGAUCACAUCUAAUGAUUAAGCAUUCAUGCAUGAGACAGGAGAUUCUGAGUUCAGUCCUUGGUGGUGAGGGUCGUAGAUCCGCAUUGUUGAGGAGCUCCAUGCUAGGACGAAGCAGUUUUCGAUGCUUGUCUAACUUUGGUUGACUUGUGGUCCCAAUAAUAUUCAGCACUUUUCUAUAACGCUCCAUGUAGAACUAUUUUUGUUACUUUUAUAUUGUCUCAGAAAAUCUGUGUAUGAUGGUUGUUGUUACUGAUUUUGUCAUUAUGCGUGUAUAUGUAAGUAUAUUUAUUUAGCUCAAUGAUUCAGACUCGUCUUGAUUAAUUUGCGAAGGUUUAUCAUCACUUUCUCAAUUUUUUGGUUAAUUUUCCUCUUCCUGUAAAUCAGAAGAGUGAUAUUGUGACAUAUUGUUCACAUAAACGGCCUCAGUAGUACAGCUGCAUUUAUUUAUGAUUUUUCUGUAAAUCAUAAACGCGACAGUUCGUUCUGUUCCACCUAUCAGUUCUUUUUUUCUCCCUAUUUUAUGUAUUUUUUGAGUUUUGUUAGGUUGAUUGACCAAAUUGUGCUACAUGGCGACCAACCAGCUAUCACACACACUAAAAUGCACCUCUGAGCGCAUUUAAAUACUUUAGUUUGACCAACUAUGUAUCAUCUAUCAAACACACACACACACCACAUAUAGUUUAUGGAUAAAUACAUGAAACUUAUUUUAUUGACUUAGAUAUACAUUUUAUAUUAAAUUUUGAUCUCCGUGUACAAAAUAUUAAGUGUAUUCUCAUCCUUGUUUCACCUUUUUCAACUUUGUACAAGGCAACCUCUCCAGUAGCAAAAGCUCCACAUAGUGGUGCAAUUAAAAACACAAUCAGAACACCAGUAAUAAACAUGAUGGAUUUCGCUCAAAAACUGUUGUCGGUGCUCCUCCAUUAGACUUACAGUUAUUACGUCGACAUAUGUCUAUCUCUCAGUCGCCUGUUGGAACACCAGUUACAUUUUAUUCAAAGGCAAAAAUCUAUUGGAGUCAAGUUCCAGCUACAGUUGACGGAAUGUUAUCAGGUUAUACCUCGUUAAAUGUCCCGGAUAUUGCAGAUUCUGAGAUAUUUCUCGAUGAAUUCGGACCAUCUACUACAGCGUACGCAUUAGAUUGUGGCGCUGGUAUUGGACGUGUUACUAAACAAUUAUUAUUACCACGUUUCUCUAUUGUCGAUAUGGUUGAAUUGACACAAUCAUUUCUUAAUCAAGCAGAAGAAUAUAUUGGACCCGAAGAUUUUCCUAGAGUUGGUGAACGCUUCUGUAUUGGUUUACAAGACUUUACUCCACCAACUGGUCGUUAUGAUCUAAUUUGGAUUCAGUGGGUAUUAGGCCAUUUAUCAGAUUUAGCUUUGUUAGCCUUUUUAAAACGUUGUGCUCAUGGACUCUCUCCAGGCGGUGUAAUUGUAAUUAAAGAAAAUAUCACUUCACCUGGUGGACACGAUGAAAAAUCAAUCAUGAAUUCAGAAGAAAUCGAUUUCGAUGAGAUCGAUAGUAGCUAUACAAGAUCACGAUCAACUUAUAUAAGAGCUUUUAUGGAUACUGGUUUAACAUUAAUUGGUGAACGUGCUCAAACAAAUUUCCCGUCAUCAUUUUAUCCAGUAAGGAUGUUUGCAUUAUCAUAUAACGGUGAUCCGAAAGCAUCUCCUACAAAAUCUUUGCCUAAACCACUACCAACUGUAAGUGCUUAAUUUCUCUGUUUUGUUUUCUUCUUUUUUUAAAUAUUGUCUCACUACUAUCGUUACUGAUGUAUGUGUGUCUGCCUGUGUACAUUCGAUUCUUUUCCGUAAAAUUUACAUUUACACUUGUCUUUACCCUCAUCCUCUCUCUUUCCUUCUGUGUUUCUUCAUUACUACAUUCUGGCGUUUUCUUGUUUAAAUUAAAAAUAUAUUAUCUAUUUGGUCAAGUAUAUCCUUCAUGUUACAAGUACGACAGGAGUGUGUACUACUCUGUGGAUGUAAAAAAGAAAAAAACAAUAUUAUUUUUUUAUUUUAUAAUAAUUAUCUCUUCAAAUAAAAUUCAUUUGGAUUUGUGCGCCCACAACUACACGCACACAGACACACAUACAUACACUCUUUGUGUAUAUGUAUAAUUGAAAUAUGAAUAGUCCUAUUUUCUUUUGUUUUACUGCUGUUCUACUGUUGUUGUUUUUGUUUUGUACUUAUCCAUGUAUUUCACUUUGAGAUGAAAUGGUCUUGUUUAUAAAAAAUUUUUUUGCUAUUGACAACUGAAAUUCCUUUGAGAUUAUUUUUUGUUGAAAAAAUUAACUUUUUUUAUACAUAUAUACAUACAUGUAUACUACAUUUUACUAUGAAGUAAUCAUUGGUUUCACCUAUUACAUACAACGAAAUUCAUAUAAGAUUUGUUAACUAUUUAAUAACAGACUUUGAUUUUUCCCUCAGCAUUUUGCUAUUAUAUUACCAUUGGGGUAUAUCAUUGUCGGGUAUAUAUGAUGUUCCCUGUGUAA